UUCCUCACUGCAGUCACGUCUGACGGCAUGUUAAGCUUCUCGCAUCUUUAAAACCUGCACGCGCCCAUCUGAAGAGUGACGCUCAUUUCUUAUGUGUGAAUCCAACCUGUCGCUGUCAUUUUGGUGAGCAGAGGUGAGGUGAGGUGAGCGCAAACGCUGCGCUUUCCUUACCACGUUCUCCCAUCGUCCUCAAAGCAAUCAAAGAUAUUUCACCCCGGUUUAGAAGAACUCAUGAAGAACUAUGAAGACCACUCGAAAAUGCCGCGCUCUGCUCUCUGUGGGUUUAAAUCUGUUAGCUCUUUUAUUCUCAACGACGGCGUUCAUCACGACCUACUGGUGCGAAGGGACUCAGAGGGUCCCCAAACCCAACUGCAGUAAGGAAAGACGGCAUAACUGUAUUGACUAUGGGGUGAACGAGACAGACCCUAGCAAAGUUCACUAUAGCUGGGAAACGGGUGACGACCGUUUUCUGUUUAGACACUUUCACACGGGGAUCUGGUACUCGUGUGAGGAGAAUAUCCACGGAGGAGGUGAGAAAUGCAGGAGUUUUAUUGAUCUGGCCCCAGCGUCGGAGAGAGGUGUCCUUUGGCUGUCAGUUGUGUCUGAGGUGCUAUACAUCAUGUUGCUGGUCGUUGGCUUCAGUCUGAUGUGCUUGGAACUUUUUCACUCCAGUAAUGUGAUCGAUGGACUCAAACUGAACGCAUUCGCUGCAGUCUUCACUGUGCUUUCAGGUCUCUUGGGGAUGGUGGCUCACAUGAUGUACACACAGGUCUUCCAGAUCACAGUCAGUUUGGGUCCAGAGGACUGGAGGCCUCACACAUGGGACUACGGCUGGUCUUUUUGUAUGGCCUGGGGCUCCUUCACAUGCUGCAUGGCUGCAUCCGUCACCACCCUCAAUUCCUACACAAAGACAGUGAUUGAGUUCCGACACAAACGUAAGCUCUUUGAGCAAGGCCUGCGAGAGGAGCAAACUUUCCUGGACCCGGAUGCCUUCCAUUAUUUCCGUGACAGGUCCGUCCAGUCCAUCUCCAGCUCCGUAGACGUUUACCCAAGCCACGGGAGCAGUCAUGGAAGCAGUCGUGGGAAAAUGCGUUCCCCACCGCCUCCGAUGGAGCAGGGAGACAACACAGAGUCACUGGGAGAAGAACAAUGCUGAGUGCAGGUACAUGCGAUACUGCACAGGUGGCCUUGCUCUGACCGGAGAGCUCUUGGGUGGAUUUCUUGGAACACUGCUUAACUGGGAUGCAAGGGGAUUUGGGGGGUUAAAAAUGUUGAUUUGUUUUAAUAUGAAGUUCAGCUUUGAGGGUUUGAUGACUUUUGAUCAACCAAUAUGGGUUUUUCAAUGCCUGAUCGUGGACGAUAUAAUGUCAAUAUAUAUAAAACAAUGUAUUGUUCCGAAAUGAAACAUACACAAUUUACUGAAAUUAAAUGAACUCUUAUUUUCUCAAUAUUUACAAAAAAUUAUCUAAAACAUGAAAACUGAAGAUACGUUUCAUCCAUUUUCAAAGUUGUUUGUAGAUUUUGGAAGUGCUAUAUGAGCAAACAUACUGAUCACACUGUGAAUUCGGUGACAGCUGCUGAAAUGGGUCUGUGCUUUCCAAAAUUUGAAACCACUGUCCCCAGUGGCCAAAGCUGAAAGUGUUCUUGAGGUGAAAUGUCCACAGUGUUGCACCAAAAGCAAGUUGUGUUUUAGUUGUAAAUUAUGUAAUACAUCAUACAGGAAUGCAUAUUUGCUUGAGCCUACUCCCAAACCCCAACCCUUAACCUAACCGUCAAUGGAGUUAAACUUAAAAGUGGAGUGAAUGUUUUAAAGCAAACAUGCAAUCUCCGAAUCAUGCUGACAAAUGUUUAUGUGAACAGUGCGCCAUGGGGAACUGUGACCAUAGUUGAAUUGAUGCAAAAAUGUCUGAUGGGCAUGGUGUGUGUGUCAGAAAUUCAGCAAUAUGGGGUCAAUUUCAGGGUACAUGUACAUUCGGAAGCAGCAUUUCGAUUUCCUGUGUGAUUAGGUUGUACCGAAAUACCACUUCUGUUAAUCGGCUUUGUCAGCACAGUAAUUGGCUGGUGCAAUAAUUUAAAAAAUGGCCAAAUAUUGUCCCACUAACCAGCCUGGGUCUAUAUGUCAGUCUGUUAUUCGAGAGGAUGGACAACUAUACGAUUAUAGUAUGAGGUGUGUGAUCAGCAAGCUGGGCCUUAGAAAUAAGAUAUUUGGGAUUGUAAAUAUAAUAGUGUGGAUGGGAACAUUUUUCCAUUGACAGAUAGCUGAGGUAGGCAUGGGCAGGUGGGGAACAAAACUACAUUUGCUGCCAUAAGGACUGUGCAGUGCAUGCAGUGGUCUGUCUGCUAUUCAAUUGAAUCAAAGCAUCUGUCGUCCCUUGCCCUGACAGCUAGAUAUGCUUCUGAGUAUUUACCAGUCUUACAUGUGAAAUGCCCUCCUCCCUUGGUGAGAUCUGCUUGAAUAUGCCUUCAUGUUAAAAGCAGCAAAUUAGAGUACCGUAAAUAUCCAGCCUUCAAUACUGCUGCAGCCGAACACAGGAGAAGCACAGUCCAUUUCAGUUGCAAUAUCCACUAGGUUGUAUUAAAGGUUAUUGGCACUUGAAUUUUGCCUGUUUCUGUUGUUUUGUCGUGCAUUACUGGGGUUGAUUAGCAGCAGUCAAUGACAAGAUAGUAAACCCCCACACCCUCACUUUUUCUUUUUUUUUAGAACAUAUUAUUGUUGAUGUACAAACAAUGAAUGGAACUCUGUCUAUUAUUGAAUGUACUAAAUUAUAUAUUUAUCUAUGUAUGCAGUAUAAUCCUGUCUUUUUCUUUUGAUAAAACAAAAGAGCUUCAAGAUUGUGAUCUUGAUUAUUUGACAUUCAGUGGUUAUUUUAAUGCUUUAGAAAUUAUUGUAAAGUGGAGUGAAGAAAAAUACAGAUUUAUAACUAAAAUACAUUCUGUCUUUGCUCUUAAAGGGAUAGUUCACCC